UGAAAUGGUGACUCGCCCAAUGCCGGUUGCCCGGGCCCCAAUGACACUGAUAUAAAUGAUGGAGGCCGCACCUGCUUUCUAACCCGCCACAUCUUCUACUCUCCCAUAGGUCAGCCCAUCAACCAUCUGAAACGAAAAUCAAUGAAAGCAGCUCAAAUCGUGGGAUUUGAAGCCCCUUACAAGGUCACCGACAUACCAAAGCCAGUCCCUCAAGGCAAUCAGAUUCUGCUUCGCGUCAAGGCAGCCGGCUUCUGCCACACAGAUGAAGCUGUCAAAAUGGGCUACACUGGCUCCCCCCUACCCCUCACAGGUGGCCAUGAAGGAGCUGGCCUAGUUGAGGCUACGGGGGGAGAUGUUACAAACUUUACCGUAGGAGACAGAGUCGCGGCUCUCCUCUUUAGGGAGCCCUGUGGGGGGUGUGGAGAGUGCAAGAACAACAGCGCCGUGUUCUGUGAUAACAUUAAAAUGAACGGAUUCAAUGUUGAUGGCGCCUUUGCGGAGUACAUGAUUGUUGACCAACGUUUCACACUACAUGUCCCGGAAAAUAUCGACUUUGCUCAGGCUGCAGCUUUUAUGUGCUCUGGGGCUACAGUGUACAAUGGGUUGAAAGCUGCCAAACUCCCCCCGAAAUCGGUAGUGGGCAUCUACGGAAUAGGUGCACUGGGUAGUCUUGGUGUUCAAUUCGCCAAAGCCAUGGGCCACCAAGUCAUUGCGAUCGACAAUCGCCCUCAACCACUUGAACAUAUCAGAGCACUUGGCUCUCUGUCCCCUGAUCUCACCCUUUCCUCUGAUCACACUGUUGAGGAGGGUCUCAAGGCGAUCGAAGAAAUGUUCCCUGAGAAACUAUUGAGAGGCGUGGAUGCAAUGCUGGUGACUGGCCCCCAAGCGCAUGAGUUUGAUUAUGCAUUCAAGAUGACAGCAAAACAUGGCGUUGUUGUAGCUUUGAGCUGCUGCAACCAGCCUAUGAUUGAAAUUGAUUGGAAAGACAUUGUCUUGCGGGAUAUACGGGUCGUAGGUGGAUUCUGCGCUACUAUAGAAGUUACCAAGGAGCUCCUUGAGCUAGCGUCAAUGAAAAACGUGAAAAGCAAGAUUAGGACAUUUUCACUCGAUGAAGUAAACGAUUUGCUCACCGUUUAUCACCAGCCGGAUAUGCAUGGGAAACUGGUUGUAACAUUUGACUGAGGUGGUAGAAAAGAGAGAAAGCGGUAACAUUUGAUUGAUAUGGUGGACGAGGAAGAAAUUAGAUGAAGACGAUCGUUGUACAAAUGUCCUGGCAUAGAAACGUGAGGUGUUUGGCGUUUGUGGCAGAGAAGAAUUAUGUGAUUAGUGACAGACAGCUCCGGCUCUUCCUUUCUGCCUCCCUUGUUUGUCAACGAAAGAAUACAUGCACGGCAUAAUAAUGGGUAGAUAAGAUGCUAUCAUCAGUGUCUAGUCAACCGAAAGCGC